AUGGGCAAAUUAUUUUCUGCAAUACAAGGGGAAAUAUGCACAGAAGAUUUGGGUUCAUGUGAUGAUACUUGCAAUUCAAAGUGUGCAUCAAAACAUCCAAAUGGUAAAGGCUUUUGUGAUUCUUCCUCCCAUUUAUGCAAGUGCUAUUAUGAAUACUGCACUGCACCACCAUCAUCAUUCCCACCACCGCCACCGCCACCGCCACCAACACCACCAAACCAAAAAACAUGCACUGCUGGCAUUGGUAGAUGCAGUGCAGCCUGUAAUGAUGCAUGUUGUAAUGAAAAUUGUGCUGCUAAAUAUCCUGGACCUUAUGGAGGCCAUGGAAUAUGCUUCAAUGCUCUUGGACCUAGCAUAUACAACAUGUGCCUUUGCAUAUUUGAUUGUUCAAAUCUUCGGAAGAUUUAA